AUGCUGCAGAAUUUCAUAAUCUCAGAAUCUCAGAAUCUCAGAACCUCAGAAUCUGAGAAUCUCAGAAUCUCAGAAUCUCAGAAUCUCAGAAUCUCAGCUUCUCAGAUUCUCAGAUUCUCAGAAUUUCAGAAUCUCAGAAUCUCCGAAUCUCAGUAUCUCAGAAUCUCAGAAUCUCAGAAUCUCAGAAUCUCAGAAUCUCAGAAUCUCAGAAUCUCAGAAUCUCAGCUUCUCAGAUUCUCAGAUUCUCAGAAUCUCAUAAUCUCAGAAUCUCCGAAUCUCAGAAUCUCAGAAUCUCAGAAUCUCAGAAUCUCAGAAUCUCAGAAUCUCAGAAUCUCAGAAUCUCAGAAUCUCAGAAUCUCAGAAUCUCAGAAUUUCAUAAUCUCAGAAUCUCAGAAUCUCAGAACCUCAGAAUCUCAGAAUCUCAGAAUCUCAGAAUCUCAGAAUCUCAGCUUCUCAGAUUCUCAGAUUCUCAGAAUUUCAGAAUCUCAGAAUCUCAGAAUCUCAGAAUCUCAGAAUCUCAGAAUCUCAGAAUCUCAGAAUCUCAAAAUCUCAAAAUCUCAGAAUCUCAGAAUCUCAGAAUCUCAGAUUCUCAGAUUCUCAGAAUUUCAGAAUUUCAGAAUUUCAGAAUUUCGGGAUUUCAAAACUUCGGGAUUUCGGUAUUUCAAAACCUCAUAA